UAGGACUCUUAUUUUGAAGUGUGUAACAGCGGUUACAGUUGCAGAGUCGGUUGCUCUGUUUCGGGUAUGGUUACAAGUUGUUAGCAGGUCUAAAGAAGGGACCACAAUGUUAUGCAGUAUUCGAGGACUCGGUGCUUCAGCACUGGGUUUGCUGGCUUUGGUUUUCUUUGAAACUGUGUCCAAUGCACUUGCCAGUAGAAACUUUGAAGAUGUUCGUUGCAAGUGCAUCUGUCCUCCCUACCGUAACAUCAGUGGCAAUAUCUAUAACAGGAAUGCUACCCAAAAGGACUGUAAUUGCCUGCAUGUAGUGGAGCCCAUGCCUGUUCCUGGUCAUGAUGUGGAGGCUUACUGUCUGCUCUGUGAGUGCAAGUAUGAGGAACGCAGCAGCAACACCAUCAAGGUCACCAUAAUCAUCUACCUGUCUGUGGUCGGCUCUCUUCUGCUGUACAUGCUGUUUUUGCUGCUGGUGGAUCCGCUGAUCCGCAGACACGAUCCGUACCUGCAGCCACUGCAGAAUGAAGAGGAUGCUGAGGAAGCCAGGCCUCACGUGAGUGGUCCUUCAGGCAGAGGGAACACGGUUCUGGAGCGAGUGGAGGGGGCUCAGCAGCGCUGGAAGAAGCAGGUCCAGGAGCAGCGCAAGACCGUGUUCGACCGUCAAAAGCUGCUCAGCUAAACUCUCUCAGAGGCAGAGUGAAGGUGAUCUCUCAGUUUAAUGGUUUUAUUCCUUGGUUUAAAACAGUGGGGCCGCGUUCUCAUACAGUGAGCUUACUGAGGCAGUUUGCUUAGUUUUCUGUUGGCUGACUAAAGAAAUGUGCUUUUAAUUAUCUAUUAAUGUAUUGAAUGAAGCACCAAAGAGGACCAGCUAAUGUUUAAACACUGGUAAGAUAUUUAACCUGAAGUUUUGCUUGUAAAUGCAUCCAUGUAUUAAUCUGUAGGCUGUUUAGCAGCCACAGGUCUGGGGAACACUACAGCUCUCACAUUCUCAUUUUUCCCUAAAUGUGGCAGCAAUGCUUCAAUAUAUUUGUAUAUAAUACAGAGAAUUAUUGAAGUAUGGAAUUUUUUUUUGGUUAGAAAUCAUGACUAAGAAACUCAGAACUCAAGACACACUAAUGCAACAAUAUGGGGAGUUUUUUGUAAUCAAUCAAUCAAUCAAUCAAUCAAUUAGAUUUCACAUAAAAUAAACUACAAGGUAAUAAAGAAAAAACUUUAGGAUGACAAUUAUACACUUUAACCCUCUAGGGUUCAAAAACUCGCCAGCCAUCUUAAUGUUUCUAUUAAAAUAUUUGAGAUAAUACCGCACAUAAAUACGAUUCAAAACGUUUCCAAUUGCUUAUAGCACUGUUAAACCUGAGAGAGCACUGCAGAGGAAAAGAGUAAUAAAAGAGUUUUUAAGGGUUCCGAAAGGUUUAUAUAUAUAUAUAUAUAUAUAUAUAUAUAUAUAUAUAUAUA